AUGCCCCUUCUAUUGGUACCCACACCACGCGUCCUUUCGGUUCUGAAACAUGUGGCCUGCAUUGCUGAUGGCACCCUUUUUGGCUCAUACAGUGGCGGGGUUGCCAUGUGGCCCCUUGAAGCUCGUGUGCCUUACGACCGGUGCCAUUUGGCAUCCUUGCUUCUGGCGGCAAGACUCUCUUUGAAAAGCGUCGAGGCUAGAGGAGUGGCUGGAAGAGUAGAGCUCCCAGCAGCCUGGCGCCCGCCAUCAACGUGUGCGGGGACUGCAUCUCAUCAGUGGGCGAGCAGUGGGCAAGCAGCCGUAUACGCGGGUGUGAUGGAGUGA